AUGUCUAUGAUCACAGCGACGACGUGGGUGCCGCGCGGCUAUGCGGCGCCCUUUCCUUCACGGUACCAGUUCGACGAGGACGAGUACGAGCGCAUAUCCAAGCUGGCAAACCUCCAACUCGAGGAUGCCAAGGAAGAUCUCGAGGAAGCGCAAGCCGAAGAACGGAGCAAAAACGGAACUUCGACCAAGGCUUCCAAGAAGGACGAUGAGGACGACGAUGACGACCUCAAGGAAUACGACCUCGAGCACUACGAUGACGAUGUUGCUGAAGACCGCGGCGAUACCAUGGCCAUGUUCGGCAACGCGAAGAACCUGGUUUUCCACGAGAACGACGAGGACGAUCCAUACAUCACGAUGAAGGCUGGAGAGGAAUCAGAUGACGAAGAACGUGAGGAGCUUCAAAUUCUGGCUACAGACAACUUGGUUCUGGCUGGUCGCAUAGAAGACGAAGUCGCGCAUCUUGAAGUCUACGUAUACGAAGACGAGGACGACAAUCUCUACGUGCACCACGACAUCAUGCUGCCCGCAAUUCCACUUGCCGUCGAAUGGUUAGAUCUGCCCGUAGGCAAGUCGGUAGGCACAAGUGAGGGUAGGGGAAACUACGUCGCGGUUGGAACCAUGGAUCCUGAUAUCGAGAUCUGGAACCUGGAUGUGGUAGACAGCAUGUACCCAGACGCAGUUCUUGGACAAGGCGCCGAGGACGCAAAGGCAGACAAGCCCAAAAAGAAGAAGAAGAAGUCGAAGAAGGCCAACGACGAGUUCCACGUCGAUUCAGUCCUCUCACUCGCAGCCAACCGACAACACCGAAACUUCCUCGCUUCGUCAUCAGCAGACAAGACUAUCAAGCUGUGGGACUUGAACACGACAAAGUGUGCCAAGUCAUACACGUACCACACAGACAAGGUCUGCUCCGUAGCCUGGCAUCCCGUCGAGGCCACUGCUCUUCUCAGUGGUAGCUACGACAGGACUGUGGUCGCAGCCGAUGUGCGCGCACCCGAUGCAAAGGCGCCACGAUGGGGUGUUGAGAGUGAUGUCGAGACUGUGCGGUGGAAUCCUCACGACCCGAACUACUUCUACGUCUCUACUGAGAACGGUAUGAUACACUACCACGACGUCCGCAACGCGCCAAAAGACCCCUCUGCCUCAAAGCCAGUGUGGGUACUACAAGCUCAUGACGAUUCCAUCUCUUCAUUUGAUAUUAACCCAGUGAUACCCGGUUACCUGGUCACAGGCUCCACAGACAAGCAAGUAAAACUGUGGAACAUUCAAGACAACGGUCCCAGCAUGGUUGUAUCGCGGGAUCUCGGUGUUGGGCGAGUAUUCUCAACAUCUUUUGCACCCGAUAAAGAAGUGGGUUUCCGCCUUGCCGUCGCAGGUAGCAAAGGUGCAGUCCAGAUCUGGGACACGAGCACCAACGCGGCCGUGCGUGCGGCUUUCGCGACCAAGGUGCCGGCUAUCAGAGGAGAUGGCAAGGAGAGGCUCGUGGGUCUGGAGGAACAGGACACAGACUCCGAUACCGAGGAGGGCGAGAGCGAUGAAGAGGGUGCCGAAAACGGUGAUGAGAAGGGUUGGGAGUCGAUGGAGGAGGACUAG